AUGACCACCGGCCGCUCUCCCUCGUCGUCCGCCCUGCUCCCCAUGCCCGGCGCGCCCUCGUCCUCGUGGGCCGUCUACCGCGCGCGGCUGAGUACUCUGCUGCGCCAUGCCGACACCAGGACUCUCGUCGCCUUUUGGCUCCUCGGCCUCAUCAACAACAUCUUCUACGUCAUCAUCCUCUCCGCCGCCCAGGACCUCGUCGGCUCCCUCCCAAAGGGCAUCGUCCUCCUCGCCGACGUCAUGCCCUCCUUUUUCCUCAAGCUCGUCGGGCCCUACUACAUCCACGCCGUGCCCUACCGCCUCCGUGUCCCCGUUUUCAUCGCCCUCGCCUCCGCCGGCAUGCUCAUUAUUGCCCUUGCGCCCUCGUCCCAGUCCGUCAGCUUUAGGCUGGCCGGCGUCGUCAUGGCCAGCCUGAGUAGCGGCGGCGGCGAGCUCAGCUUCCUCUCGCUCCUCCACUACUACGGUCGUGGGGGCCUUGUGGGCUGGGGGUCCGGCACGGGGGCUGCUGGUCUAGUCGGCGCCGGCCUGUACGAGGUCAUGACCGAGUGGUGGGGCUUCGGCGUCCGCGAGAGCUUGCUCUUCUCCGCCUCCCUGCCGGCUCUGAUGCUCGUCAGCUUCUUCUUCAUAUUGCCUCAGGAGCCGCUUCGUCGCAUCCAGAACCGCAGGGGAUACGAGGCCGUACCUCACCGGGAGGCGGCGGCCGACGACCAAGCCCACCACCAAGUCAACGACGCACCCCCCGAAGCCGCACCCUCGGCGCUGCUCGCUCCACCGGCGUCGGCGGUCGAUGUCUCCCCGGCACACGAGACGCCCAAGUCGCAUUCGCUCAGGGCGAACCUGCGGCGCGCAAAGUCGCUGUUCGUCCCGUACAUGAUGCCUCUGUUUCUGGUCUACAUCGCCGAGUAUACCAUCAACCAGGGCGUUGCGCCAACCUUGUUGUACCCGGUCAAGUCGUCGCCCUUCCGACACCUGCGCAGCUUCUACCCCUUUUACGGAUUCCUCUACCAGCUCGGCGUCUUCAUCUCUCGAUCAUCCGUGUCCAUCGUCCGCAUCCGAAACCUGUACUUGCCUUCCUAUCUCCAGGUGGGCAACCUGGCCCUGCUCACGCUCCACGCCCUCUUCUACUUCAUCCCCUCCGUCUACAUAGUCUUUGCCAUCGUCUUGUGGGAAGGCCUUCUCGGAGGCUGCGUCUACGUCAACUGUUUUGCCGAGAUUCUCGAGAAUGUACCGCUAGAGGACCGCGAGUUCAGCCUGGGGGCGGCCACCGUGAGCGACAGCGCGGGCAUUUGCACCGCCGGGUUCCUGAGCAUUGCGCUGGAAACCAACCUCUGCGACUACCAAGUCGCCCAUGGACGGGAUUGGUGUCGGAGAAUUCAAGCCAAGAAUGCGUGA